AUGGCUUUCCUCCGUAAAGAUAUGUUCCCUCUCGGCUUUUUAAAUCCGAUUGAACCAACACAAAAUUGCUAUUCAAUGGGAAAGUCAUCAGGCAUGAUAGCAAUUUCACGUGAGAAUUAUGGAAUCGGAGCAUCUCAUCCAUAUAUCGAGUAUUAUGAUGCUAGAUCCGAAAAACUUGGAGGAAUUUCAAUGAAAUCAAACGGAAAUUUGGCCUUCGUUCAUGUUUUACCUACUGAUGAAAUUAUCGCUGUUUCUGAUUCCGGUACGGUUUCUCGUAUAUCUUAUGGCGUAGAAACAGUAAUUUCAACAUUAAACUUACCCAAUCUAUUAAUCAACGCUGCAGCAUUCUACGAUGGUGGAGUUGUUGUUUCUACAAGUGAUGGAAAUAUUAUUGAUAUCGAAAAUUACGACAAACCAAAUAUUGUCCAACAUUUUGAUAAUAUCGCAAGACCUAGGUGCAUGACCGCAAUCCCACCAUCGAAAUCAAAUACAGAAUCAAUUAUUAUCAUGUUUCUUGACAAUGGACAUCUUUUUGUCAUUGAUGAUCGAAGAUAUUACGAAAUGAAACUUUCAAAAUACGUUUUGGCUAUUGCACCAAGUUACAGUUAUUCUAAGAUUGCCAUUUUACUUGAAGAUUUUACAAUUAUUGUUGCAAAUCAGGCACUUGAUAAAAUUUAUUACCAAACUCAAAUAGAUUUGAACGAUAUGGAAGAUUUUCAGAUGAUGACAUGGAUUGGCGAUAUCGUUCCAGCUCUAUCUUUUAACGGCGCCGUUAUUUUGGGCACAGAAGAUCCAUCAUCACCAGUUUUCUUCGUAGAUGGCAGCCCGUAUCUAUUUAUGGAGUGCGAUUCUAUAUAUUCAAUCACUCAGACAGAAAGUUUCCGUAUCGUUGCAGUUCCAAACAACGUUUUCAAAGUAUUAAAUAAAUAUUUAGUCGAAAGAAGCGAUGGAGUGAAGCUUUGUGAGAUCUUUGAUAACAGACUGACUGAGCCAUUCGUAGAAAAACUGUCCGCGAUCAACGACGUCCCUUCUGCGAUAAAUGAUAUAAUUUCAACCGCAGAAUUUGUCACAGACAAAGCUUCCCAAGCGUAUUUCGUAGCUGUUGCAUGUUUUGUAAACUCUUACUCCAACAAAGGCCGUGGAACGAUGAUCGGAGAAGUUUGUAGAAAAUUAAGAGUGGCAAAUUGCAUAUUAGAGUACGGAGUACCAAUCACAUCGAAGCAAUUAGAUGAAAUAGACUCUACAACAAUCCUCCAGAGGCUCUGCAAGCGCAAACAAUUCGAAGUUGCUUAUAAUCUUGCAAAAUUCUUAAAUGUUCCUGAACAGGUCGUCUCAGAUGAGCAAGUAAAGUACACAGUGAAGUUCAAUAGCGACGACGGAUCAGUUAUUGGUAGUCUUCCUCUCGAUAAAAUCCGUCCUUCCUUCGCUGCUGAAUAUUCUUGGCAAAUUGGCCGGCCAAACUUGGGAAUCAUGUUUGCAGAACUCGAAACAGAUUAUUCCAAGAAAGCCAUACUACUUGCCAAAAUGGACCAAUGGGACAAAGCGAUCAACGCCGCUGCAGACACUUGUGAUUCAUCAUCUCUUCUUUCUGUUCUUUCUCUCUCCUUAGAAAAAGGAAAUGAAGAGAUUGUGAAUACAGCGAUAGCUAACUGCGAGCCAGCAGUACGCGUACUCAUGAGAUUACCAAGAAUGACAACUCCUGUUCGUCUUGGAGUCAUAUUAGACAAGAUUCCUCCAACAAUUCCUGCAAUGGACGCUGUAAGAACUUAUAAAACUGUCCAAAGUCAGUUCACUUCUGGCCUUGAAUGCGCGAACACUCUGAAGAAGCUCAAGGACAUGCAGAACGAAUUGGCUGCAAGAAGCGGCGACCAAUCUAUUGUUGGGAAAUCCCUUAAUGAAACAUUAAGAUCAUUCUUCAAAAAAGGUGACGAAGAUGGUGCUUAUCAGUUCGGAAAAAAGCUCGGCAUGGAUGAGAAAAGAGUCGAUGCACUGCUAUUCGCGUACUACGUGAAGACAAAAGACAUGUACGCCCUCAAAAGAUUCGGAAUGAAGAAGAGCAGAAAGGAAAUGUGGCCUCAAAUCACAAUGAUCCUCAAAAGAGAGAAUACUAACUUGGCAAGAGAAUUUAUUGAUAGUAUAGCUUCUAUUGAUCCGAAAAUGAAGAUGUCUAUGCAGCAAGAUUUCGAAAAUGGAAAAUUUGCUCCAAGAGACAUCGAAUCAAUGAAACCACUUUCAUGUAUUUUUAAUUCAUAA